CAAAACAAAACGAAACGAAACGAAGCAAAGCAAAGCAACAACUCGCCUAGACAGUAGCAGCUCACUCGGGCAAAGAAGAACGUAUACAAACCACGCCGUGAUUGUAAGAAAAACCGUAGAUUCCGGCUGAUCGAAGGUAGAAAAAAUGGUGAAUCACUUGUUGAUGAUCAGUGCCGAUCUCGAGAAUCUCGCCGAUCUUCAGCCUCAAGGCGGCUGUGACGAUCCUAACUUCACAUACCUUUUCAAGCUGAAAUGCGGCAAUUGUGGAGAGGUGACUCAGAAAGAGACAUGCCUCAGCUUGAACGAGACAACUCCUUCCGCUAAAGGCAAGACUGAUGUUCAUCUUUCUCAAAAGUGCAAGUUUUGCUCGAGGGAUGGAACUAUAAGUAUGAUUACUGGCCGAGGCCGACCUUUUACUCAGACAGACGCUGAGACUGGGACUUAUGCUCCUCUAAUGUUGUUUGACUGCCGGGGUUAUGAGCCUGUGGAUUUUGUAUUUGCGGAUGGGUGGAAAGCUGAAUCCCUUGAAGGAACUAAAUUUACUGACAUUGAUCUGUCGGGAGGAGACUACGCUGAUUAUGACGAGAAGGGAGAAUGUCCUGUCAUGAUCUCAAACGUCCGUGCUAAGUUUGACGUGGUCAAGUAGGCCUCAAAUAUUAGUCUCUCUUACAUAAGGAAGAAGAGGGUGCCACAGAUAAGUGUUUCUCUUCUGACUUUGAUGUAAAUCACCUUUUGCAAAACUGCUGUUAUCACUUUUCUGGUCUUACUUACCUGAAACAUCCAACCAUUUCACGCUAGUUCAAAUUGAUGACGUUUUGUCUA